AUGGGCAGGGUAGAGUUUAUUAACCAUGUGAAGUCUGAAUGUUUGUUGAUAGUAUUCCUUGCAUUCUGUGUUUUCCCGUGUGUGUGUGUGUGUGUGUGUGUGUGUGCGUGCGCGCCGUGCGUGUGUGUGCGCGUGCGCUCCAGGUUCGGCGACGGCUACACGGUGGUGGUGCGCGUGGGGGGCUCGCCGCCCGCCCUGGCCCCCGUGGAGCACUUCAUCCAGGAGGGCUUCCCGGGCUGCGUGCUGAAGGAGAAGCACCACAACACGCUGCAGUACCAGCUGCCCUACCGCCAGGGGGCGCUGGCCGCCGUGUUCGGCCAGUUCACGCGGCGGCAGCAGCAGCUCGGCAUCGAGGACUACUCGGUGUCCCAGACCACGCUGGACCAGGUCUUUGUCAACUUCGCCAAACACCAGCACAGUGACCAGGAAGCCCUCAAAAGCUACGAGCAGCCAGUGGACCUCUCCGACGAGAUCGUCCUGCGGUCGGUGGAGCGCGUCUGAGCAGGUCGGACACACGGCCCCAGACGUCAUAGAGCUUCACACGUAUACCUCCCAUUCUCAACCUUCAACUAUUGUUUAAAAUGCUAGAAAAUAUUCAUAUAUAUAUAUAUAUAUAUAUAUAUAUAUAUAUAAUUAUAUAUGAAGAGAGAGAAAGUGCAAGAAAGAGAGAAUUAUAUGAUAUGCUUGCUGAUUAGCUUUGAUUGCUAAGGCGUUUCGUUUCAGACGAUGUCUACGUCAGAGACCUGCGUGUAUGUGUCCUUUUUUCCACAGUGAUGUUUUUCAUUUGAUCGUGAUUGCACCCGCUCCCGCUUUCAAGGGUCAGUGAAAGCUCUGCGACGCCUCGCUAAUCACCAAGCCUUAAUUAGCCGUGUGCAAUUAGAACAUCCAAAGAAACAAUCUGAUGUAGGAGCAGAUUGCCUCAAUUUAGCGGCCUUAUUCGCCGGGAGAUCCAAAGGGCUCGUUCACAGCGUUACCGAUACCACCGUUGUUGCCUUAGCACCCAUCCUGGGACUGCUUGUUCUCCGUCCAAACUCAUAUCCGGGUUCGGCACGAGUACACCUGAGGCUCUGCUUGCUAGCAUGGCUUGAAUGCGAGCUCCAACCGAAUUUUCCUCCCUGAUGGCACCUCUCCCCGAUUAGCUAAAAAGGGAAUAGCUAUUGUCGAAAUCUCCAACAACGGGAUCACAUGACCACAAAAGAGAAACCCCUCUCUCUUAAGUAAUGGGAAUGAAAAGCCAAACCAUUGUUGUGUAUACAUGUUUGUGCGUUGCGCUGAUUUUAAAGUGUAAAACUGUGUGUGUGUACCUAUUGGAUAACCUUUGUUCUCAGGAAAAUUUGAAAUGUAUAUUUACAUUGUCCUUUGCAUUACUCACUUGUGCCGAAAAUCGCGGUUUCCGCGUUAACGAUAAAACGAUCCACUGAAGAACAGUAAACGCAGUUCACAAAAGCUUGAAGGCUAGCUUUAAGAACACUACUGCCAUGAUACGUCCAUCGUGGAAACAUGCAUUAACUCUGUACCGAAUAUUGCUUCAUGCCAAGAUGAGAAUGAUUAAAUAUUUUUCACAAAUA